UAUUUUGCAAAUUUCGGGAAUUUUGUGGCAUUGUUUCUCAUGUUAUAUCCUAUGGUAUUUCAGACAGAAUUUAGCGAUGGCUGACUCUCAGUGUUCAACAUCGAGUUUACAACUUUUACGUCAUAUAAGAUGUUAAAUUUACGAUAAAAAUGGUAGGUAAUCGGAAGAAUAGAGACGUAGGAGGUAUUGAGCAGUCUGCAUUAUCCCCAAGAAUUUCUCGUAAGGGUUCCCGAGGAGCGCUUGAAGAACCUGAAGAUGAGAUAUACUGGGACAGUGAUGAGGUGAAAGAAGAUUGCUCAAGAUUAUCAGAUGCUGCUUCUUUUAAAACACUUCCUACUUCUUCUGAAAUGAAGCGUAUCAAAGGAAAAGGAGCUACUAGCUCCAGCAAAUGUUCCCCAACAUCCACCAAUGUAACGGCAUUAGAUCAAGUUGUACGUGAGUUACGCACUCGAGAGUUUAGUGUUUGGGUGCCUCGUGUUAGUAGCAAGAGAAUUUGCAAGCCUGUGUGGCCUUUACGUGACCGUCUCUUCUAUGCACGUUCAGAAGACAGCUCUUCUAAUGAAGGUGAAGAGCGUAGGCCCAGGAAACAUAAGGGAAAUAUCAUGAAGAAGUUGCCAAAGAAACACCAGAUUAAAAAAGAAGAACAUAGCAUCGAGACUGUUGAUUACGAGCUUCAAAAACCCCAGAAGAUGAAGUCUAAAGCAAAAAAACGCAUGGUUGAAGCUGAUGAUAUGCGUAAUGAAUACUCGGCCUCACAUGAGCAGACAACCACUGCUGGUGAAGCGUCGGAGGUCACGUUUGAAAGAAUGGAGAUAGAUUUUCAGGUUAAGAAAGAAUUGAGAGAUUUCAUUGCUGCUCAAGACACAGAAAUGGAGUCAACAAGGAGCUUGGUGGCUCCCGCUGAAAAUGAUUCACCACAUGUUGAUGUUGAUGACUCGCCACAAGUGCGGGGUGUAAAGCGUGAACGACGGCGACGCAAAUCUUGGCUGGAGGAGCGGCGUCGAGCGCGAGGACUGCCGUCCGCAGCGUCCGUCAAGGCGGAUAAAAAGGAGAUGUACGAAAGUGAAGACGACGGAAGUGACCGAAUUAAUUUUGGGGUUCCAGGUAGCCGCAGACGCCGUCCUAUAACGAUGCCUCUUCGUUAUCAAGAAGAUACUGAAGAGGAGGAGGAAAUAAGCCGGGGCGCUGGCAGACCUCGUGGCAAUAAAGGCAAAUGUCGUCUUUCUGCCGCCACUGGGAAGACGUCCAAGAGCCCACGACAAGCCAAGCGACGUAUUUCCCAUGCCACGAACUUCGACAGCCCGCGAAGGCUGAGACCCAAACCAAUGAUGGCAGUGCGCAGGAAAACCUCUAUCUUGAGCUGUGAAGAAAACGAGGAUGAUGAAGAGGAAGAAAUCGUCAUGAGUGGACGUGGGGGUAAAAGACGUAGCCGCACUGAGGCGAUGAUGAGUGAUGAUGAAGAUGAAUAUGAUCCCCAUCGAGUUUCUAAGAAAAAGAAAGCUACCAUAGUUCUGAAUGCUGCUCAACGUAGUAAACAUAGAAAACAAGGCAAACAGGAGGGUAGUAAAUGCAAGCCUCCGCCUCCAAACGAAGAAGGCGAUGAUAAUGAAGAACUGGAGCUGGAGGAACCUGGCUCGGAUGCCAAGCGAGAAGAAGACCACGCCGAGGCUUCUAAGAGCGUCUCGCCGAGACGCCUGCGCCAUCAGCCUACGGCUUGCAUCGCCACGGCUCCCGAGUCUGAGGACAAGGAGGAGGAGGACAGUGAAGAAGUCCUACCACGCCGCCGCCCUGCAUCAUCACGUCGCCUCAGGGGGUCUGACUCCGUCCGGAUAAACAAGAACAGCGUUGGCAAGAAGCGCCGUUCUCUCUCCAAGAACAAAUCCUCGUCAUCUGAAUCGUCGUCGUCGUCGUCGUCUGAGGCCGAUGAUGAUGACUAUGAGGAGAAAAAAUAUGCCUUGAGAAAACGCAUCCACAAGAAGAAUCGAGUUUUACGGGAGCGUGGUGCCCGUCAUAGGUCUCGAGUGUCAGCUUUCAUGGGAUCGCCAGCCCGCAAACCUGUCGCCUUCAAACACAAGACUACGCACAACAAGAGCUCGACUAGCAAGAGCAACAGCAGCAGUGAUGACGAGCACAGGUUUGAGGAGCGUCGUGCCAGGAGCAACGCUAAGGCGCGCAGCACUCUCUUGCCCAUGAACAUGAAUGAGGAAGACAUGCAGCGCGGGGUUAUUAGGGAGCGUUCGAAGAUCGGCUCGAGCUUGGCGGAUGUGGAGCCGAUGUCCAUUGAUCGGGACAUUACCUUCAGUAAUGUUGGUGGCUUGAACCAUCACUUGCGCCAGUUACGAGAGAUGGUUGUCCUGCCUCUGCUCUACCCUGAAAUUUUUGAGAGAUUUGGAAUGACGGCCCCAAGAGGUGUUCUCUUCUAUGGCCCUCCAGGGACUGGAAAAACAUUGAUGGCUCGAGCUCUCGCAAACGAAUGCAGUAUUGGAGAGAGAAAGGUUGCUUUCUUCAUGCGAAAAGGGGCGGACUGCCUCAGCAAGUGGGUGGGCGAGUCCGAGAGACAGCUUCGACUUCUCUUCGAUCAGGCGUACCAGCUGCGUCCGUCCGUGAUCUUUUUUGACGAGAUAGACGGUCUCGCUCCCGUGAGAUCGUCUCGACAAGACCAAAUACACUCGAGCAUCGUGUCCACAUUGCUGGCCCUGAUGGAUGGCCUGGACUCGCGGGGGGAGAUAAUCGUCAUCGGUGCUACCAACAGGAUUGAGGCUAUCGACCCAGCACUCAGGAGGCCUGGGAGGUUUGAUCGAGAACUCUGCUUCCCUUUGCCGUCUCUCCAGGCUCGCAAGCACAUUUUAUCCCUGCACACGAGCAAGUGGCAACCUCCGCCGACCGAUAAGCUGCUGAAUUACCUAGCGGAUCAGACAUCGGGGUACUGCGGAGCUGACCUCAAGAGUAUGUGCUGCGAGGCCGUCCUUGCCAGUCUUCGUGAACGUUACCCGCAAGUCUACGAGUCCACCGUCAAACUUCAGCUUGAUGUCAAUUCUAUCAACGUGCGACUCCAUCACUUCCGCAGCGCUCUGGGCCGCAUCGUGCCCGCGGCGCAGAGAUCGCGAGGCAACGUCGGGGAACGACUUCGACCUGAAGUUCGGCCACUAUUCCAGGCGACGUUGCAAAAAAUAUUGCACCACUUAUCUCAAAGUUUCCCACAUGGCCUGACUCCAAACAACAGCGGUCAUCGUCGCGUGCUCUACUCGAGCUUGACUUACAGACCACGCCUGUUGAUAUCAGGCAACGGUGAUCAGGGGCAGAGCAGUGAUUUGGGCCCGGCUAUCAUACACGCCAUGGAACGCGUGCCUGCACACGUACUCGACCUUGCAUCGCUCUAUGUUAACUCCUCUCGAACUCCUGAGGAGGCUGUCACGCAAAUAUUCCACGAAGCGAGUUCACGUCCUCCAUCAAUAAUUUUUAUGCCUCGCGUGGAUUGCUGGUUUGAGUCAACGGGCGAGUCCAUCCGGGCGACCUUCCUGUCACUUCUGGAACACCUGAAACCCUCCACUCCGGUGCUGCUUCUGGCGACCACUCACAGACCUCUGGCUGAAGUCGAUCCUAGAGCCUCGGAGCUUUUCAACACAUACAACGGAGAGGUGAUAGCAUUAGGCAACCCAACCCGAGAAGAGCGUGAAGAAUUCUUCAGACCGCUCUUCUACAAUCACAUGGUCAAACAUAAGAAGGCGGUAGUACGGAAGCGUGUGCUAGAGACGCUACCGAUCGCUCAAGUAGCUGUGUCGAGGGAGCUGAGCGAGAAAGAGCUUCAACGUCUCAUUGAACUGGAGGAAUCCAAGCUCCGAGAACUCAGGAUAUUCCUGAGACAAAUUUGCGCCAAGCUUGCGCGAAACCGACAAUUCAUCACAUUCACGGAGCCUGUAGAUGUAGAAGAGUUUCCUGACUACCGAUCCAUCAUCACUAAACCCAUGGACCUGGAGACGAUGAUGUCCAAGAUAGACAGGCAUGAGUACACGUGUGCGCAGGACUUCCUUAAUGACAUCGAGCUCAUCUGUAGCAAUGCUUUAGAAUACAACCGAAGGUUCUCGGCAGAUGGGAAACAUAUUCGGCAUUCUGCUUGCGCUCUCGUCGACACAGCCCAUACUCUCAUCAAGACUGAGAUGGAUACAGACUUUGAAGAUGAAUGCCAAAAAAUAAGAGAAUCAAGGAAGAAACGGAAAACUCAAGUUUCUCAUUUGAUUCCCGAGUUUGUGUACACAGAUCCACCUGUGCCCGCCCAGGUUGCUGGUAAUGAAACCAGCACCAACGGCAGUUCCAGUGGAAACGGUGACAAAUCGAUCAUUUUUCAACAUCCUACUCCUAAGAGAAAGAAACGGCGAUAUAAGUGGUCUCGCGGCACGCUUCCAGCUUUGAAGAAAAGGAUUAGUUCAGACAAAUCACUCGAGUCGACAAAGAAUGAAGAAAAUAGUGCCGAAGUGACACCUGAGGUUGAUGAAUCAGUGAGGAGUGUGGACUCCACUUGCUCAAACGACUUUUCUGCGCCUGAAAAGUGUGCAAUGCAGCUGUGCAACGGCGAGCUGAGUGAUGACGUCGAGGCCUCCGCCUCCGUCCCUGUGCAAUCUACUCUCGCUUCAUCCACCACGACGGGCGCCGCUGACACACCCUCUGCGCAAGUUGCUUCCACUUCUGCUGCAGUUGCAUCUACCUCCAGAAAUUUCACGCUGGAUCUGGAGCAUGAGCAGGACACAGAUGAUCCUCUAGUUUCAUCAAGCGAGCGCGACGAGGAGAGCAGUGCUAGCAAUGGUGUGAUCGACUAUUCUCAUCUUGAUGCCGUUUUCGAAAGCUGCGUCUCAGCUUCCGCAGAAGCGGACGUCAGUCAACUCCGCCAGUUGUACACCAACAUCUUCAGGCUGUGUCAGAAGCAUGCUUCCGUCAGUGACAAAGCCCAGCUAUUGUUGGAAACGGAGGCUGAGAUUCGCAAGUUUGUCCAGUUCAAGAAAACGCCACGGCAAUGAAAAACGCUACUACCAACAGAUAACGUUCUUGGCCCCUUGGGAUAUAAAUGUUUCUAAUGAAAAAAUCACAUUUAGCUAAUUUCUGUCCCGUGGUUUGUUUAGUGAGAUACCGAUAGCUAAACUUUGCUUGUCAUGCUAAAACUUUGUUUGAGCUUAACUAUCAUUACAUUUCUUAUGGGUUAUGGCCAGAUAUUCUUUGGAAUAAACAACUUUUUUAGUUUAAUUUCAGCUGCUUUUUGGAGUAGGUACCGUGUUUUGUGACUUAGUGCAUUGAGCAUAAUUAAUUAUAUUUCUGAAGAAUAGAUUUUGUACUUAAGAUGUGUCCAGCCGUACGAACCCAGAAACCGUUUCUGGCGAGCUUAGAGAGAAAUAUGGUUAGUUCGUAUGCUCUUUGUUGAUUCAAGACUAAUAUUUAACUUGAUGUAAGAUUCCAGGCUGUAUAGCUGUCACUGCCGGUGUCUCCGUUGCAUAGUAUAAGGAAAAGUGUACCUGUGUCUUGGCACGGCGUCUGUGUGUGACAGUUUCUAUCUCUGAGCUAUUUUAUUACGUACGUUGUAAGCGUUGCGGUAAGUUACGCUUAUUUAUUUCGGUUCCACUUAUAAUGUGGCUUGAUCAGCAUAUGAUUCGGUAUUAAAUAUAUUGUAUGUUGAUGCAUGUGCAAGAGAUAUGUUCCAGAACUUCAUUUCACUUUCGUUAUAUUCAACUUUGCGGCGUUCUCAUUCUGACAUUUCAGGAAUUUCGUGCCUAAUGAAAUCACUGGAUCGAAUAGUUUUCACAUUUUUUUUCUUUUAGAUUAAGAGUAUACCGACAUCUCGUUCCUAUAAGGUAUUUAGAAGUCUACCAACGGUCGAAUACUCGAGUUGGUUGGUUAUUACGUGUCUGUUAACUUCUGAUAAUACUUCCAUUUUGUUGCCAAAGAUCAAAGCUUUCCCUUGCGUUUUCCCGAAAAGUCAUAAAUCGCCAUGUGUUGUACCUCAUAUGUGAAUUUUGUCCAUUUAUCUUAAGAUUUAAAACCUGAUCAACACCUUUGCUCAUAUAGGAAAUAGCACCAUGCCAUUCACCUUGAAGUUCGCUAUUUCUCUCGUGUCUUCCUUAUUUUCCGCCAUUCACGAAUGAUCUCUUAAGCUACAUUCAUCCUUGCAGCAUCGCUUGAAUAUCUCUGCUCUUCAUAUCCUAAUUUACGUGCGUUAAUCAAUGGAUUUGUGUUUUUUGCUCAAAGCUUAUUGUUUGUAGACGGAAUUUGCUGGGUUAUUUUAGGUUUAAUUUAUAUUGUAGGAAGUAAAGAUGUUAUUUUGACUAUUUUGUGACUAUGCGUGCCGGCAACCUUUGUUUAUUCCACUCGCAGAGGGUUAGAAGACUACAGCCUCGUAUUUUUUUUGAAGAGCCUUGUUUGUCGGUUCCUUCGGAUUCUCCUGACUGGUACACCUAACAGUUCUUCAUUUUUUUAUCGCCUUAGUUAUUAUUUUUUUUAGGGAAUGCUUUUUUACUUGUAUUGUUUUGCUAGCUAGAAUUUCAGCUCCUGACUUAUUUUGGACUUGAUUGCGUUACUUAUCUUGAGAUUGCAUGUACUGGUUAGAUUUAUUUCAAUAAAAACUUAUUUUUUAUAGUAAAAGUUGACCUAUGAGUAUCCGUAUAUGUAAUUAACCAAUACUAGAAAUUUGGUUUCAUUCAUCUUGAACUUUCAAAAUUUAUACAAUCUAAGAUCUUGUAGCCAAAAUUCUCGUACUUUUGAGCUACCGAUAUUAUAUAUACCAGAAAUGUUGUCUAUUAAACUGUGUUCAUCAUCGACUGCCCAACUUUUUUACUUUCAAAUAAAAUAUUAACGAAUUA